AUGAAAUGUGGUCUUAGUCCUACUAUCAAUAAUUUUGGACGUAUCGGAGUUUUAGCACAACCCGAAUACAUAAAUGUAUUUGUGGCAAAUGCUCUACGUUUUGUUAUACAAAAUGUUUUUGUCAAUAUUACCAAUGAUUUUGUCUUUACACUAUCAACUGGUGGAGGUGCGGUUGGUUUUUGGUUUAAUGAUAUAAUGACCAAAUUAUUUGCAACUUGGAGUUUUUUGGCCGUACAGCUGGUAAUAUCGGAUAAAAGAACAAAAUAUAUAGAAGUGCCGGGAAAACGUUAUUGUAAUAUGAUUAUGAUAGAUUCGUUUAGAAGCCUGGAGAAAACACAUAUUGCGGAAUAUAAUAAAAAUUCUGAUGGUUUGGAGUAUUAUUUUAUAUUCCUUCAGAUACGUGAUAAGUUACUUGAAAGGGAAAUGCAAAUGAUUUUUAGAUAUUGUUUUGAUAACUAUUGGAUACAUUGCAAUAUUAUGGUGCAAACGGAAAGUUAUUGCUUUCAGACACAACCGGAAGUAAUAAAUAAAUUUGUAGAUGAACGUUUUGAGAACGAUGUAAUGUUUCCAAAUAAAUUAAGAAAUUUUAACAAAUGUUCUUUAAAAUUAACCACUUGGAAUAUACCACCGUUUGUAAUUAAUGGCACGGGAUUUCAACAUACAGAUCAUAUUGAUAUGAUUUCCAUAGAUACAUAUCAUAAGAAUCAAACUCCUGCAAUUAUACCCAUGAGUAUGCUCAAACAUCGUGAGACCAACAUAACUAUGGGUUAUUUUCGACGUACAGCUUUAAGAGAUCAACUUGCUUCCGCCCAGUUAUGUCACUUAUUAUCUGCCAUUUGUAGCUUGAUUUAUUUGUUUAUUGUUUUACUAAACUGGUUAAAUGCUAAAAAUCGCAUAGUACAAAAUUUUCAAAUACAUCAAGUCUUUAUAGGUAUGCCUAUAAAAAAUCUUCCCAAGGAUAGCUCAAAAAGAAUACGCCUAAUGGUUAUGCUUGUGACCUCCUUCAUUUUACGUUCUGUUUAUCAAUCGCUACUUUUUCAUCUAUUUCGUACCCAUUUCUAUGAGUCACCACCGGUUACUCUAGAUGGUUUAGUGGCCCAAGGCUAUAAAGCGGACAGGUCUCUGCCUUUACUUAUCAUCCACAGUACUAAUGAAAUGUAUCCUUUGUAUUUUUUGGUAGUUAAUCAAGAUAAAAAUUUUAUAGCCAUGUCCAUUUUCGAAUUCACUUUAUUCUAUGCUCUCGGUAUAUUAUCUCCGAAAAAUGCCUUGCAGAUCUUACCCAUUAAUGUAAAUGAACAGCAAAUUGGUUUCUAUUUUGUGAAGCAUUCGUAUUUGGUUGAUCAAUUUAAUAAUUAUAUUUUAUAUUUUCAACAAGCUGGUCUCUUGCAAAAAUGGAAAGAAUGGUCUAACAUGGAACAUCUAAAAAAGGUUCUAAAACUGUUCUUCAUUCUUAGACGUCGUUAUUGA